AUCGAGUUUAAUUACUCACGACAACGACUAGCUACACCUGAUCUUACACCAACCCCUAGUCCUGCACCUGAAGAAGAGGAAGAGAAUUCUUCUUACAGAGAUAAAAGCAACAGCAGUAGUAAAACACUGAGAUAUUUUGGAGACACAGACCAAGAAGAUAAAGAUUCUGUUGCAUCUAUUCCACCUCCCAUGCCACUUCAAAAUCACCAUAGAUACAAAAGCAGCAAUCAUUUGGGUCAAAGUAAUAGUAGUACUAUUAACAGACUGCACACGUCAUCUUCUACUUCAUCACGAAAUACAACAAACAGAAGCCAUCGCCCUCAUCAUCGCAGUGCAGGUGAUGUUGCUACAAGUUCAGCAGAGAGUACAACUGAGGGAGAUAGUAGUCAGCAGUCGCAACGAUCUGUUGUCUACCUUCAUGCCGCAACAGUGGGUGACAUUCCAACCCCGAAACGUAACGUAACACGGCGUGCCCAAAGUCGAGAAGAACUUUCUUCUCUUACUUCAUCACAUUUACAACCACACAAGAGGACGAUAUCACGUUCAAUAUCAGUUCUUGCCCCAUGGAGACCACGUCAUUACAGAGAGGGUCAAGAGGUUCAUUACGACCAAGAAGAUAAUAAUAAAAACUACAUAAAAAAUGGAAAACCACCUAAAAUUCCUGUAUCACAACAGUCAAGCCUUAAUUCAGCUACAAUGAAUCGUAUCAACAGAAAAAAGAAUUUAGAAAAUAAAGCAAAUGCUUCUCAUAAACAACAUGUUAGUAAAGCAACCUCAAUUGAAUCCUUGAGUCAACAUAGUAAUAGACAGAAUGGAGAUAGUAGAGGAACCCUUAAGAAACAGUCACUUGUACAUCAAGCAGCAUCUGUUGAAUCACUCAGCCAUAGAAGCAAUCAUAGCAUCAGUCGGACACAAAAUAGAAACAAGAGCAAUGACAAAAAAAAUUCAAUGAUGAAUGCUUCAACAUCCGAGCUUACAGCAACCUACAAACAAAAUAAUCAAAAGAAAAAUUCUACAGAUACAGGGAAAAAAGGUUCUGCCAAGAUUUCUAGAUCUGCUUCGAUGCCAAAGGAUACUCGAGUUAAAGCAGGUUGGUUCAAACUUCGUAAUAAGAAGCAAGGAACUUAAAAUCAGUGCAAUUUUGGAUCUUACUCUGGGAAUACUGAAAAAUAAUUCUGACCUCAUUUUCCCCUUUGAGUAAGCAUGCAAAAGCACACUAGCUUGAUAAAGUAUUCAAGAAAAUAACAUUUUUGAAAUGCAUCUCACUCAAUUAAUCUCAAGUGCCAUCGUUUUUUGUUAAUUUUUCCCCCUUUAUAAAAG